UAAAAUGUGAAAAAAUCAACAUUAAAAGCUACAAUAAAGUAGAAUCUAAUUUAUCUAUUCUAAAAUGUUUUUAUGAAGUCCUCAAGUCAAAGUAUAACAUUAAAUUUCGAAAUUGCUCUAAAUCUAAAAAGCAGAUGUUGUGUUGGAAAGAUGUUGAAUCUUGUUUUAAUAAUCGUAUAAAAACAGGAACUAUUGUCAAUUAUAAAGUAAAAGAUCCUAAAAUAUUUUUUAAAAAGGCCUUCCGAAGCUUCUCCAUUAAAAUAAAAAAAGAAUUAAUUGAUUGUAUUCUAAAAGUAAAUGUUAUAUUUUAUGCGAAUUUUAUUAAAAUACAGAAUGGUGAAACUGAUAUUAAACACUUUUCAACAAAAAAUUCUGUCAUUGAUCAACAAACUAAAUUAAAAGAUUGGUACAAGGAAUACGUUGAAAAUAAAAUUUUAUCUAAAUUGGAAGAGUUUCAGGAACGAGAUUCAGGGUGGGCGCUUUAUGAAAUAAUACAAUUGAAGGUAAACAUUAAUAAUUUCUGUCCUAUCAAUGUGGGUAUUUCAACCUAUGUUGAAAUGCCUAGUUUUAUAAAAAAUACGAAAAGCGUUUUAAACAUUCACAAUAAUGAUCAGUAUUGUUUCUUAUACGCAAUAUUAGCCUAUUUAUAUCCAGCACCUUUGAAUAAACAUCCUCAACGUGUCUCAUCUUACCCUCAUCCAAGUCAAAUUUUAAAAUAUGAGGGAAUAUACUUUCCAAUUAGUUUAAAAGAUAUUUGUAAAUUUGAAAAAAUGAAUAAUUUAUCAAUUAAUGUUUUCACAAUUGAAAAAAAAGAUGUUGUACCAAUAGCCCUAAGCAAAUAUAAUUUUUCUACAUGCAUCAAUUUACUAAUGCUUUCAAAAUAUCAACUAAAUGAUGAUGUGGUAAAAGAGACCGAUUUAAUGGACGGAGAUAAUAGUGAAAUAGUAAAAAAUAUUCAACUAAAUCAAUGUUAUCAUUUUGUUUUAAUUACUAAUUUAUCUAGAUUGCUAAAUAGACAAGUUGGUUAUAAAAGCCAUAAAAAAUGGUUUUGUAAUCGAUGUUUAAAUAGUUUUUCUUCAGAAAUGUAUUUAAAACGACAUAUGGUCGAUUGUAGAAAUAUUAAUAAAACAAAAAUUUCUGUACCUUCUGAGGCGAAUAGCAUUUUAAAAUUUAAAAAUUUUAAAAAUAAAGAAAAAGUUCCAUUUGCUAUUUAUGGAGAUUUAGAAUGCAUAUUGGAGAAAAAUACAGAUUUAAAUAGUUCUAGUAAAAGUAUUAAGUAUCAAAAGCACAUCCCAUUUACUAUUGCUUAUUAUUUAAAAUGUUCUUAUGACGAUUCGCUAUCUAAAUUUGAAUUGUACACUGGCAAAGACUGUAUUUCAUGGUUUAUUAAACAACUACAUGAAAUUGCUUUAAAAGUUAACAACAUAUUAUCAAAUCCCGUUCCAAUGAAAAAACUUACCGAGGAACAAAAAUACAGUUUUAAUAACGAGAAAACCUGUUAUAUAUGUUUAGCAGAAUUUUUACCGACCGAUAGAAAAGUUAAAGAUCAUUGUCAUUUGACUGGCAACUAUCGUGGAUGUUGUCAUUCCACUUGUAACCUAAACUAUACAGAUCAGCAUGUAAUUCCCGUAGUAUUCCACUUUCUAUCUGGGUAUGAUAGCCAUUUUUUAAUUAGAGCCCUUAGUACUGAAAUUCCUGGAUCAAUUUCACUUCUUCCUGUAAAUAAGGAAAAAUAUAUUUCAUUUACUAAGUAUAUUGAUAACACAAAAAUUUCCUUUCGUUUUCUAGAUUCAUUUCGUUUUAUGGCUAGCAGUUUAGAUAAGUUAGCAUCUUAUUUAAACAAAAAUCAAAAAAAUAUAAUUAAAAAACAUUGUAAGAGUGAAACUGAAUUUGAAUUACUACAAAGAAAGGGAAUAUUUCCAUACGAAUAUCUAGAUUGUUGGGAAAAAUUAAGUGAAACGAAAUUACCACCAAAAGAGGCAUUUUACAGUACUCUAACAAAUUGUCAUAUUAGCGAAAGUGAAUAUGAUCAUGCUAAAAAUGUUUGGUAUGAAUUUCAGAUACAAAAUUUACAGCAAUAUGCCGAACUGUAUCUUAAAACCGAUGUAUUGCUUUUAUGUGACAUUUUUGAAAAUUUUAGAGAGUCCUGUAUGCAUACAUAUCAAUUAGAUAGCUUACAUUAUUUUUCUUCACCGGGCCUAGCUUUUGACUCGAUGCUGAAAAUUUCAAAAAUUGAGCUACAAUUAUUAGUAGACAUUGAUAUGAUUUUGUUUUUUGAAAGAGGUAUCCGUGGUGGACUAUCACAAUGCUCCAAUCGUUAUGGGAAAGCAAAUAAUAUUUACAUGGGUAAAGAGGGGUAUAAUGAAAAUGAACCUUCAUCAUAUUUAAUGUAUUUCGAUGUAAAUAAUUUAUAUGGAACUAGUAUGAGUUUACCAUUACCAAGCAGUAAUUUUAAAUGGGUUGAGGACAUAUACUCAAUUGAUAUACUUAAUGUUCCUGAUGAUAACGAAAUUGGCUACGUGAUAGAAGUUGAUAUUAGCUAUCCUAAAAAUUUACAUGAUAAACAUAAAGAUUUACCACUCUGUCCCGAACAUUUAGUACCACCAACUUCACAAUUAAAAAUACCAAAAUUACUUGCUACGCUUUUAGAUAAAAAAAGGUAUAUUAUUCAUUAUAGAAAUUUAAAACAAGCUUUCAGUUUGGGUUUAAAAAUUGAAAAAAUUCAUAGAAUUCUAGAAUUUAAACAAUCUUGUUGGAUGAAAAAAUACAUAGACCUAAAUACUGAGCUUAGGAAACAAAGUAAAAACGAUUUUGAAAAAAAUUUUUAUAAACUCAUGAACAAUGCGGUUUUUGGUAAAACAAUGGAGAAUGUUAGAAAAUACAAAGAUAUUAAGUUGGUUACUAGGUGGGCGGGACGGUAUGGGGCACGUGAUUACAUAUCUAGACCAAAUUUUAACAGUUGUACAAUUUUCGAUAACGAUAUGGUUAUUAUUGAAAUGGACAGAUUAAAUGUAUUAUUUAAUAAGCCUAUAUAUGUCGGUUUCACUGUUCUAGAUUUAUCAAAGACAUUUCUUUACGAAUUUCAUUAUAAUUAUAUGCAAAAAAAAAAUUUUCAAAGCCUCAAAUUAUUGUAUACUGACACAGAUUCUCUAAUUUACCACAUUUUUGAUGACGAUAUAUACACACAUAUAAAGAAUGAUAUUCAUAAAUUUGAUACAUCAAAUUAUGAUCCCGAUAACGUUUACAAUAUUCCUUUAAGAAAUAAUAAAGUUUUAGGAUUAAUGAAAGAUGAAAACAAUGGUAAAAUAAUGCAUGAAUUUAUUGGUCUGAGAUCGAAAAUGUAUACUUUUAAACUUUACAUGAACAAUUCGCAACAAAAAUCUUUAAACAAAAUGGAAAGUAUGGAAAAUAAUAAGGAGAGUGAUUUAAAUAUUACUAAAAAAGUAAAAGGAAUAAAAAGUUCAGCUCUAAAGAAAAUUACUUUUGAUGAUUACUUUCAAUGUUUAUUUAAUAAGACUAUUUUGGAAACAAGUCAAAAUUUAAUAAAAUCUGAGAAACAUCAUGUCUAUAGUGUUACACAGAAAAAAAUUGCCUUGAGUCCUUGUGACGAUAAAAGAAUGAUUAAUUAUAUUUAUACCGACACAUUACCAUGGGGAUAUCAUAAAACUGAAACAAUAAAUUAAUAAUAAUUAUAUAUAAUCUUCAAUAAUUUUAAUUACCUUAAACCCCCCCACUAUGAUUCAUUUAACUAAUACUAUAAAUGUAAGUCUAUAUUAUUAAAUUUUUAUUUAAACAUUUUCAUAACAAAAAUUUUUUUUUUUUUUUAUUUUUGAUAGAUGAAGCCAGUAACAGCCCUUCCUCAUCCUCAAGUACCUCAAUGCCUCGACCAAUUAUAUUUGGGGAAUAUGGACUUUGUCCAUACAACCAAAGUCACCAGGUGUUGAAGUCGCGCCUUUUAAUCACAUGUUAAAAUGCAAAAAGAGAAAAGAAAAUUACAAUAGCGACUUCAACGAGGCAUUGAAGGCCAAUCAAAUAGAACCGGGAUUUGAAUACGAUCCACCGCCGCCGUUCCUUUCAAAAAAUGAAAGAAAAAAUUGGCGUAGGUACAACGCUGGUCAAUAUAAACCAAGAAAUUAGAUCGGUGUUUCCCUUCCUCUUCCAGUACCUCAAUGCCUCGACCAAUUAUAUUUGGGGAAUAUGCACUUUGUCCAUACAACCAAAGUCACCAGGUGUUGAAGUCGCGCAUUUUUAAUCAUAUGUUAAAAUGCAAAAAGAGAAAAGAAAAUUAUAAUAGCAAAUUCAACGAGGCAUUGAAGACCAAUCAAUUAGAGCCGGGAUUUGAAUACGAUCCACCGCCGCCGUUCCUUUCAAGAAAUGAAAGAAAACAUUGGCGUAGGUACAACGCUGGUCAAUAUAAACCAAGAAAUUAGGUUUUAAAAUAUUAAUAAUUAUAAAAACAUAUGUUCAAUAAAUGUGUAUUACAAAAAUAUGUUGUUUUCUUAUAAAUACAAUCUUGAAUAACCUGAACAGAAAAUUAUUAUUCUCUUACACGCCAUUGCAUACUAAUUGAGCAUUAUCCUUGACAUUCAGCAAGGUAACAGAGCUUUACCGUUAUCCCAUAAAAAGUGAAAUUACAUAUAUCCAUCAAAGACAAGUUAAGACUCGCUUUUAACCUUGUUAUUCGCUUUAUUAAUAUUAAUUUUCUUUUCUUUUAUUAGCUUUGUAAAAAUUUGUCACCAAAUAUACUACUGUUGAUGAAGGAAAAAUAAUAAAAAAGUUCCUUAAAAAUAUUUAAGUUAAAAUAAAUAAUAAACACUUUUAAAUAAAAGUCCAAAUAAAAAAUUUUACACUAAAAACUAUGUAAGAGAAUAUUACUUAA